AAAGAACUUGUGACCAUGUGCAGUCUUAAGUGCUGCAGUCCCAGAGCCCUUUUCCUGUUGCUGCUCUGUAGGUCAAUGCAAAUUCCCGAAGCUGAAGGAAACAGUGAAAUUCUACCUCCAACUAUACAAAAAAUAAUAAAAGGGUACAACAAGUAUCUACGUCCAUUUUUUGAUAAUGGUCCUGUGUCAGUUGGAAUGAGUAUGGAUAUUGCAAGCAUUGAUACAAUAUCAGAAAUAAAUAUGGACUACACAGCCACCAUAUUUCUAAGGCAGAGAUGGACUGAUGAGAGACUUUGUUUUGAUGGUAAUAAGAGUUUGAGCUUAGAUGGUCGACUCGUGGAAAUGCUUUGGGUACCAGAUACCUUUAUAGUUGAUUCAAAAAGGUCUUUUCUUCAUGAUGUCACUGUUGAGAAUCGUCUCAUAAGGAUAUACCCUAAUGGAACAGUCUUGUAUGCUAUAAGGGUCACCACAACUGUUUCAUGCAGCAUGGAUCUGACUAAAUAUCCAAUGGAUAAGCAGACAUGCACUUUGCAACUGGAAAGCUGGGGUUAUAACAUCAAUGAUGUCACAUUUUACUGGACCAGAGGAAAUGAUUCAGUUCGAGGUUUGGACACACUCCAGCUGGCACAGUACACAGUAGAAGACCACUUCACCUCUGUAACUGAAGCCGUGUACGAGACAGGACGUUACCCAAAACUUGUGUUUCACUUCGAACUCAAGAGAAACAUCUUGUAUUUCAUAUUAGAGACAUAUGUACCAUCAAUCCUUCUGGUGGUGCUCUCCUGGGUAUCGUUUUGGAUAAGUCAGACAUCAGUUCCAGCCAGGAUCUGCAUAGGUGUCACCACAGUCCUUACAAUGACAACACUGAUGAUGGGAGCCAGGACUUCACUCCCAAAUGCUAAUUGCUUUAUUAAGGCAAUUGAUGUGUACCUUGGUAUCUGCUUCAGCUUCAUCUUUGGAGCACUGUUAGAGUAUGCUGUGACUCAUUUCUGCACUCUGCACCAACUCAGCUCAAAGGAACUUCCAAAGAUUAUUGAUGAUGAUGAUGAUGAAGAAGAGAAGAAUGGAGUCCUGGCAGCAGUGACAAACAGCUGCAGUGCCCCUGACAACACGAACGAGACUGAUUCAAACAAAAGCAAACAAACCAGCAUUGACAGAAAAAGGGAGAGAAGCCAACACAGUGUGUGUAGUUCAGCAAUGUCAGUAAUGAGAAGACUUUUCUGUAUCUUUGAUUGCUUCCAUGUUAAAAAUCCUUACCACAUAGACAACUAUGCCAGAUUCUCUUUCCCAUUAUCAUUCAUCAUAAUUAAUGUACUUUAUUGGGUUUAUUAUUUGUAUUUCUAA